GGUCGAGAUGCAUUUUGUUGACACUAAAGCAAAGAUAAGUAGUAUAGUUUAAUGGUAUAGAUUCUACAGAAAUUGUAGAUAACGUCUUUUGACAUAAAGCCGUCAAACUCACACUUCCUAUGGUGUUUUAAUUGGUAACAAACAAUAUAUUGGAACAGGGAACUUGUAAAACUAAAGGAUGUCUCAAUAGAUAUUUCAAGAUUGUUUUUGUAUAGAACCCAAAAUAUAACAGCAACAAUGUUUGGCCUAUUUAAUGGGGUGCUAAACACAUCCCCAUCAGGGUAUAUCCCUGAGAUGGAGCAAAUAAUCAGCCAAUUGGAAAGAGGAACAUUGGUCACGAAGUUUUCGUGGCGGAAAAAAGCUGAACGGAAAACUACUUUGGCUAUCCGACGAGAGACCAGACAAAUUGUGUGGACUCGACCAGGACCGACAACCAAGACAACAUUUGAUGGCGCCGUGAAUCUAGGCGAGGUCAAGGAAGUUAGACUUGGUAAGAACUCAAAGGACUUCGAGAAGUGGCCAGAAGAUGCAAAGAAAAUUGAGAGCUCUAAAUGUUUUGUGGUGUUCUAUGGCAGUGAGUUCAACUUAAGAGUACUCAGUGUGGCAGCUCUAUCUGAGGCUGAGUGUGAACUAUGGGUUAGAGGCCUUAAAUACCUUUUCAAAGAUACUAUCAGUGCACCAUAUCCUUUGCAAGUUCAAGCUUGGUUAAGAAGAGAAUUUUAUUCUAUGGAGAGCCCUAGAGAGACUGUCAACAUGAAGGACCUAAAAUCAUUCUUCUUGAGAAUAAACCAUAAAAUGCCAACAAACAAACUUCGAGAAGUGUUCAGUGAGGUUGAUACGAGGAAAAGAGGCGAGAUUGGUUUUGAUGAUUUUUCUGUAUUAUACCAGAAAAUCAUAUUCGAUGAAAGUGAAAGUAGCGACGUUUUAGAAAAAUUACCUCGAACUAUGAACACAGUGAGCUUAAAAGACUUCCAGAGCUUUCUGAGACACGAACAAAAUGACUCGUCGGCGAACGAUGAAAAGGCUCUCUCCCAGUAUAUCUGUGAUUUUCUGAAAGACCCCCAACGGGAGAUUCAGGAGCCUUAUUUGACUACGUCCGAGUUCAUGGACUAUUUAUUCUCCAAACAAAAUGACCUCUGGGAUCCUGACAAAGACAAUGUUUACCAUGAUAUGACGAGGCCUUUGUCGCAUUAUUGGGUCUCUUCAUCUCAUAAUACAUAUUCGACAGGAGACCAAUUUUCGUCCGAAUCGUCCAUAGAAGCAUAUGUUCGAUGUCUAAGGAUGGGUUGCAGAUGUAUAGAGCUCGAUUGUUGGGAUGGUCCAGAUGGUAUGCCGUUCAUAUACCAUGGGCAUACCCUCACCACCAAAAUAAAAUUCAUGGACGUGAUCAAAACCAUCAAGGAGCACGCAUUCGUGGCUUCUGAAUAUCCUGUGAUACUUUCAUUUGAAGAUAACUGUUCGGUGAUACAGCAGAGGAAGAUGGCGCAAGCUAUGCAAGAAGUGUUUGGUGAUAUGCUUCUAACACAUCCAGUUGAAAAAGGCGAAUCAAAACUUCCUUCCCCUUAUUCUUUGCGACGGAAGAUAAUCUUGAAGCAUAAAAAACUUCCUGAGGGUCAGGAAGAUGGUUCUUUUCUCAUUAGAAAUGACGCGAAUGAAAUGGACCUGAGAAAUUCCGUAAAAAACGGAAUCAUGUACCUUGAAGAUAGAGUAGAUAAAGAGUGGAAUCCUCAUUUUUUCGUUCUAACGCAAAACAAGUUGUUUUACACUGAUAGCUAUAGAUCUGAACAAACGGAGUCGGAGAAGUCGGAGGACGAGGACGAAAGUGGAAAUUUUCAAAGAACGAAAGCAAAUGUCCCUAAUGAAGAGUUACAUUUUGGCGAGAAAUGGUUUCAUGGGAGGUUGGCGAAGGGCAGGGAGGAAGCUGAGCAGUUGUUAAAAGCCUAUUCGCAUUUAGGUGAUGGUACGUUUCUGGUAAGAGCUUCCGUGACCUUUGUCGGAGAAUACUGCUUAUCUUUCUGGCGCAACGGACAAGUGAAUCACUGUCGCAUCAGAUCUAAACAGGAUAAACAGCAGACCAAAUAUUACCUGAUUGAUGCCAAGCAUUUUGACAGUUUGUAUAGUCUUAUUACAUAUUAUCGCAGCUCUCCUUUGGUUACAGCCGAAUUUUCCAUCACACUGCAGGAACCUGUCCCACAACCGAAUCUUCAUGAAAACGAAGAAUGGUAUCAUAAAAACACGAGCAAGGCACAAGCGGAAGAAAUUCUGCGAAGGGUGAAGACUGAGGGAGCGUUUCUUGUUAGGCCCAGCGAAAACGAUACCAAUUGCUACACGAUCAGUUUUAGAGCUGACAGGAAAAUUAAGCAUUGUCGCAUAAAACUAGAAGGUCGACUGUACACCAUUGGUAGUGUCGAAUUCGAAAGUCUCGUAGGUCUGAUAGAAUAUUACGAGAACCACCCGUUGUACAAGAAAGUGAAACUGAGCCAUCCGAUCAGCGAGGAAAUGGUUAGAAGAAUGACUAUGGAACAAGACGACCCCUCAGCUUACGCGACCCCAUCUUACAUGGACCCGUCAGCUAUCGGCGCUGUCCUGAACAACGUCAACAUAACAGUCAAAGCAUUGUACGACUACAGAGCCACAAGGCCUGACGAACUGUCGUUCUGCAAGCACGCUGUCAUCACGAAUGUGUGCAAGCAGACAAACAGCCCGGGGUGGUGGAAGGGUGACUACGGGGGUGCCAGACAGCUGUACUUCCCACAGAACUACGUCAAGGAGAUCCCGACGCAGCCUAUGUUAGGGGUGGGAAGCGCUGAAGGCAGUAAUAGCGACGAUGGGACGGGCGAAUCGGUACUGCAAGGCUGCAUGGACAUGAACGGCGCUGUCGUUGAUUGUGUGCACAAUACGACAGACAGACAAGGCAUGGAAUGGAUAGUUAGGAUAGUACCGUCAACAGCUUGUACUACUUUUGAAUGUGGUAUUCAGACUCAGGAUUUAGCUUUAGAAUGGUAUUCCGCCCUUCAAGACGUAACGCAAAGGGCAUGUAGGUUAGAAACGCAAUACAGAGAGAUGGAACGGACGUUUAAGAUAGCAAAGGAGAUGUCGAAUCUCAUCAUUUACUUCAGAUGCAUUACCUUUAAUUUAGAUAGAGCAAAACAGCAGGAAUUCACCUUUUACGAAAUGUCUUCCUUUUCUGAAAAUAAGGCUGAAAAACUGAUUUAUCAAACCGAACGAAAACUAUUUUUGAGGUAUCAUCAAGUACAGUUCUCGAGAGUAUAUCCCAAAGGUCAGAGGAUAGAUUCCUCAAACUAUAAUCCAAUCAAUCUAUGGAACGUUGGGUCCCAAAUGUUGGCACUAAAUUUCCAAACUGGAGAUAAACCGAUGCAGUUGAAUCAAGCAAAAUUUAGGGACAACGGGGCCUGCGGGUAUCUCUUGAAACCAGACUUCAUGUUUCGCGAAGACUUUGAUCCGUGUGACAAAAGUUGUCUUGUCGGCGUUGAGCCUUACGUGAUAUCUGUCAAAGUUAUAGCUGGAAGACAUCUGUGUCGGUCUAAGAAGGGUGUAGCUAGUCCCUUUGUAGAAAUAGAAGUACUUGGGGCUCCGUUCGAUGCCGGUGUGAAGCUAGUAACAAAAAGAAUUUUAGAUAACGGCUUCAAUCCAAAAUGGAAUGAUGAGUUCUGCGAGUUCACGGUUUACAAUCCAUAUUUUUCCCUGUUGAGGUUCGUAGUACAGGAUGAAGACGUGUUUGGAGAGCCGAAUUUCAUUGGUCAAGCUACUUACCCUAUUACGUGUCUGCGAACAGGGUACAGAAGUGUGUGGUUGAAAAAUUCGUACAGUGAAGAUUUAGAAUUAGCAUCCCUCCUAAUUCAUAUCAGCGUAAGAAAAGGAUCUGUUAGUUAACAAAUACCACAUAUCGAAAAAAAGAAAAAAUGGAAGAAAGCUUUAUUAUGAAAUAUAGGUAAAAAUGAAUCAAACUGUUCAGUUCCUGUAAUGUCGUUGAUCGAAAUAUGAAUCAAUCUGCUGUAAGUUCGGAUGAAGAAGAAUCUUUGCAGUUUUUUUAAUCAACUAUGAAUUCAGUGUAUGAACAAUGAGCUACUAGGUCUUGAAAAAUUAAUUUUUCUACGUUUCUCAGCUUCCUGAUUAGUUUAGAGCGUAUUUUAGAAUAGAAUAUACGUACCAUUCAACUUACAUGUAGCAAGAUGAUACCAGUGAUUAACAUAUUUCACCAGAAGACACCCAAUCCAGUUGAAGAUCGUGCCUGUGCGAAAAUAAGCAUUAUGUACCGCACUGUCAAUCACUUAUUAUUUUAACUAUAUACAUAUCGACCACCGCCUGGUGGUAAUAACUUUCACCUCUGAGACUGUUGCAGGUUUUGGUAUUACAUUUUCCAUCAGUGGGAAAUUCUGAGACAUCGAAACCUUAGGAAGGCUCAGGGGUAAUCUCUCCUUGCAAGUUUGAUGCCAUGCUUAAGAAUAAGCAGUUUUCUUUAAAAGGAAAAUGAAGUUCCUUUUUAUUGCUUCUAAGGGGAUUACUGCCAUCUUUUGGCUGUGACGAUGGAAAUCCAAAUACAGCUUAGGGUUGAACGUUUUGGAAAAUACGUUAAUCAUUGAUAAUAUUUUAUUUGUAAAAGUUGCUAGCAGAAAGUUGUAUGGAAAAGAUUAUUUUCUCGUGCAAUUACUUUCAACGGGAAGCGCUUUUCGGAAACGAAGUAUUUUGGUUAGGACAGAGUCAAUAUAUCAUACAGUAUCGGCAGAGAAUCAUUGAUCUCCCGUGUUUAAAAGAGGGCUGGCUGGAUGAUGUCAAAUACAUCGUCAAUUAUCGGUCAAAUACGCAAUUUGAGAUAAUUUGAAUCUAAAGCAUAUUAUUUAUCAUUUGUUACUAAGCUAAAUCGAUUAAAAAUGUCUCAAAAAGAGCGCCUGAUUUAAUGUUCAAGAAAAACACAAUUUCUCUUCUAAUUAAGCGAAUAUUUAUAUUUCAACAUGAAGAGGAAUAGUUGCGAUUAAACAUGAAAUAGGACAUCCAGUAAAUGGCCACCACGAAACCUCUGGCGCAGGGUCAGUCUGCUUAUAAUUCUGGAUAACGUUUUCGCACAACUGUGGCUCUGUUUCGUCGAUAACGCGCCGUAUCCUUUCUUUAAGGCGUUCAACUGUUUGUGGCUUGUUUGCAUACACCUUUUCCUUCACAUAGCCCCAGAGGAAGAAGUCCAUUGGCGUUAGAUCGCACGAUCUUGGUGGCCAAUUUUGAUCGCCAAACCGAGAGAUGACACUGUCUGUAAACUUGGUCCACAGUAACACCAUUGUUACGCGUGCUGUGUGGCAAGUCGCACGGGGUUGUUGUAAGAACACAUCCUCCACAUCAAUUCGAUCCAACUGGGGCCACAAAAAUUCGGUUAACGUUUCGCGAUACCGCACUCCAUCAACAGUUACCGCAGUUUCAGCUGCAUUUUCUAAGAAAUACGGUCCAGUCACUCCGCCACUCCACAAUGCGCACGAAACGGUAACUCGCGGCGGAUGCAUUGGUUGUUCGAUUGUUACACGAGGGUUUUUAGAACCCCAAAUUCGGCAGUUCUGCUUAUUGACGUAUCCGUUCAGUUGAAAAUGUGUCUCAUCAGAGAAAAUGAUUUUCUUCGAGAAAUCCGCAUCAAUUUGGUGGUGCUUCAGCGCCCAAUCAACGUAUUCACGGCGCUGCGCAUGGUCCGUUGGCUUGAGUUCUUGCGUCAGUUGAACCUUGUACGCAUGCAAGAACAGAUCUUUUAGCAAAAUUCGUUGCAGAGUGGGUCUGCUAAGGUUCAAUUCUUGGCCACGUUGCCGAAUGGAAGUGCUUGGAUUCUCAGCCAUACUUUCCCACACUGCGACUAUAUUUCCGCGGGACCAACCAGGACGGCGGCGAACAGUGGUCUUCACAUUCAGCAACGUCAAUUUUGUAAUUAAACGGCGAUCUGGCGACUCAUUUGGCGCAUUAUUGCGACCGAAAAUUGUACCAAAUUUGCGCGUAAUUUUCUCAGUAGUGAGUUGUAGUGAGUUUUCUCAAUAAUUAAACGUUACUCGUUUGAAUACAGCUCCAUGACGUCUAAUCGCGUGAUCUGGACAUGACAGCUGUCAUCAAGUAAACACCAUACCAUUUGUACAAAAAAAUGGCAAAUUUAAAUCCGGCGCUCUUGUUGAAGCAUCCUUUAUAAUAGUAAUAAGUAAUAUUCCGGAUAGUGCCCUAAAAGUCAAAGAGCUAUGGAACUAUAUACAGGUUUUUAGAAUAACUUCUGUUUUCAUAAAGCUGAUAGCACCCGCGAAAAAAGAGAUUUAUAUAUUUAUAUAUACCUUAGGAAAACAGAAUUUAUUCUCGAAACCUUUAUGUCAUCCUAUAGCUAUUUAACUUUUAGCGUUCUACGCGGAAUAUUACACAGCUUAGUUUAGUAAAAGAAGCGUCAAGCGUCGGUGCAUUUGACAUGGUUGCCAGUUACCUAGACAGCCACCCCUUAACGGGUAGUAGCGAGAUAGAGAGACACGUAUGUUAUAGCAUGAAGGCGAAUAAGCGUCCAAAAAAUCAUUGUCAUGUUUCUCUCUCUAUCUCUUUCAUACACAUAAAAUAGCAGACCUCAAUGAUUCUUUGGCAAUCCUGCAUGUAGUUUUUCGCACUGUUUUUAGCGGUUAUGUCAUCAAUUCCAUACACAAUAAGUAAGCAAAUGGAGUAAUAAGAACCACGUGCGGAGCAGCAGUUCCAUAGAAAAACUGCACACUGGGUAACCCGAUCUUAAACUCAGCUGCUCUGGCACAAAUGCAUUUGGUAAUAAACGAGCAUUGCUUGUUUUCUCUUUCUCAAAAUAUUAUAUCAAUCCAUAGUAAACUCAAAAUAGUACGCCCAUGUCAAGUGGGUUGUCACACUGACAGUGACAAGCAUAGAUUAUUAAUAACCAUGGGUUGACUAGAAAAAUUUCGAGGUGGGGAGGCGAAGCUGAAGAAUAUAUCUUAGAGGGCACACAAACGUUCGCGAACAGAGGCAGUUUGCAUAUGUAUGUAUGAGGGAGCAGAUGAAUGUAUAAAAGCGAUGCCGUUAAUGCUAGUGUUAUUCGCCAAAAACCGUGAAAAGAACUAUUGUUCGUGAAUCGGGUCACAGUAAAACUGGCAGUAUCAUUUUCAUAUCUACAUCUUCCUCUUAAAUAUCAUCUACCUUUGAGUGUGGAUCUUUUUUGUAUAAGAUCAGAGACAUUCGUUUUUUCGUUUCGCCUCACCUCGUCGAAAAUUUUGGCGUCACGUAUUCUGCAGUUAUUCUUGAUACUGACAUUGUGACAACAUUCUUGUUAUCAGCAUGACAGCUCUUGUUGAUCUUCGCAAGAAAAUAUAGUUUUCCCUGGAAAUCCAAUUAUUGGCAAUGCCGACAGUUUGUGCUAAAAUUUGAGCAUUACCAAAAAGCGAAUUAAAAGAAUGGCGCUUAUUCCUCACUUCAUGUGCGGAAGAAUGAUCAGCAGUUGUGUUGAAGUUCAGUUUGCAUACUGUGCAUUUUCCCUUAGGAAGAAUAAUCUACACCUAUGACAUUCUUAGUCAAUCUGUCUUAUUUUGCAUGGCGUUGAUGACGUAUCAGUGGCGUAGCAAGGGGGGGGCAUGCCGUACCGGGUGUCACAUUUUUUGGGUGACACGCACCCGGUGGCUCAACUUUUUCAGAGUUGAACUCCCCAGACAUGAUCGAAGUCUCUUCAAGACCUAGCUUCAUUGUUUCAGAUCGAAUAAACAAAUACUUUGGUCUCAGGAACAGAAUUUCUUUUGGAGAUACCAAGACUGCGAAGACACUUAAAAGCAGCUAGUGUUACAGUUUUUGAUUGGGUAUCUCUAGAUUUUUUGAAGUUUAUUGUAGAAUGGGAUUUUACAAUCUCUUCUAAAUCUUAAUGCACUAACAUUGUUCAAGACGGUUUGCAUGUCCGUAUCUUCAUGUGAAAGGAGUUUCAAUAAAAUAAAAUUAAUAAAAAUGACCCAAUCGCGGUUUAGCAAUCUUGGUACGCCACUGUAACGUAUCCAUUAGAAACGGCGUUUUUUAUUGUUUUUUAAUCAGAGUAAACGUCCAUUGAAUUUAUAUAAUAGCGAUGAGGUGUUACAAAAUUUUGAAAACAUCAUAUUCGUUGCUAUACAUAUCGCUAGAGAAAAAACAAUUAUUAGUUGAGUGAAAACUGCAUAUCUGAUAAAAGUUACAUCCUAAGUAGUAGAUAUAGUAUUGCUACAUACAGUAACACGCAAAAUAGACAAUAAAACCUCAGUAUUUAUUUUUUGGAGGAGUUGUUUGAAGAAUCACGUAUAAAAGACAAAGAUAGAGAUUUAACGUAUCGGGCUUCGCGAAAAGUGAGAUAUCGAACAAGCGAGUAUUUUUUAUGUGUUUACAUGUUUAUAAUAAGAAUAUCUAUACACACUAAAAUUAUUUUUUUAAAUUAUUUCAUAGAGAUCUAAGAUAUACAUUUGUUUAUGUAGUCUUCAGAAAAUUAGUGUAUGUAUUUUCAAUGUAUCAUUUUUGCUGUCUGUUUACAAGUAUUAUAUUUUGUACAAUAUUUCACUAUGGAUACUGUAAACUUUAGCAUCAUAGUUCAUAGUGUUGCCAUAUGCACUCCCUAUGAUCGUUGAUCUAUAUAGUAUUUAUGGCAACAUGCUGUAUGUUCAAUGUGGGAAAAUACGUUUCCAUAUUUUUUAGAUGUUGAGAUUCGCAAUUUCAAACGUUUGUGAUUUUAUAUUAACUGUUUUUUAUUAAACGGUCGUCGCGUAUAUGUACGAGUCGCAAGAUAGGACAACGUUGUAAUCCAAAAAGGGAAGUAUUAAAUGUACUUGCAUUUUAAAAAUAACAGAUUGCAUAUCAUGUUAUAGUCAUAUCAUUGUAAUUUAAGA